AUGAAAGGAUUAACAUUGCAGCAGGACUUUCUGUCACCCGCAGAUAAACUUGUGUCCUUGGUCCUGGGAUUCAAAGAUACGUACGUAUGGAUUAAGGACGACAGCUGCGGUCACAGGAAGCGAGGCGGGAUUCGCGCGACCAAAGCACUCAAUUCCAGCGUCAAGAUUAUUUGGGCGGAUCAGCAGCAGGUGAUCGAGCGGCAGAAACGCGAUCACGUGCCAUUUGCGAGCUGGGAAUCGGAGAAGCCUUUGAUAAGAGACAAGAGACUCGAAGUGGAUCGGUAUCGCUCAAACUCCAUAGAGGACAGCGAAGAAUGGAACGAAUUUUUGCCCGGCGAUCCCGAAGACCCGAAAUUGAUGUUCAACGACGAACUCUGGGAUCAAGAGUGGUACUUGCAAGAUACGCGAUCGAACAAAGUUCUCCCCAAGCUCGACUUGAACGUUCUACCCCUCUACCGACUGGGAAUAACUGGUCGUGGCGUUAGGAUCGCAGUCUUGGACGAUGGACUGGAGUACACGCACGACGAUCUACGGAACAACUAUGAUCCAUACAUUAGCUACGAUGUAAACGAGGGAGACAACGACCCCCUCCCAAGAUACGAGGUAACAGGGAUGAACGGUCACGGGACGAGGUGCGCCGGGGAAAUAGCGAUGGAGGCAAACAACCGGAAAUGCGGCGUGGGCGUCGCGUUCGAGGCCUCCGUUGGCGGGAUCAAGCUCCUCGACGGCGUGGUGAACGAUCGCGUCGAGGGCGAGGCGCUCGGAUACAAACCCGAAGCGGUGGAUAUUUACACCGCCUCCUGGGGACCCGCGGACGACGGGAGAAGCUUGGAGGCACCCGGUAGACUGGCCACGGAAGCGAUAGAAAGGGGCGUUAGGGUGGGACGUGAAGGGAGGGGAAGCAUUUACGUGUGGGCUUCCGGAAACGGUGGCUCCAAAGGGGACAAUUGUGGAUGCGAUGGGUACGUAGGAAGCAUUUACACGAUCGCUGUGGGCUCGGCCAGCCAAACCGGAAGAUUUCCAUGGUACGGCGAAAGUUGUGCUGCAACCAUGGCGACCACGUAUAGCAGCGGUGCUUAUCACGAUCAGAUGAUAGCGACCACAGACUUGAGGAACACCUGCACGACGCGACACACGGGCACUUCCGCAUCCGCGCCAUUAGCCGCGGGAAUACUGGCGCUGGCGCUGCAAGUAAACGAGAAUCUAACGUGGAGGGAUGUGCAGCAUCUCAUUGUGUGGACCUCGGAGUACAGUCCCCUCAGGGAGAAUCCAGGCUGGUUCCGAAACUCUGCUGGAUUUUGGUUCAACUCACGUUUCGGCUUCGGACUUAUGAACGCGUACGCGCUGGUCGCCGCGGGUUCCAAUUGGACCACCGUGCCGGACAAAACCAUCUGCAAAGUGGACGUCGCCAGAAUAAUCGACAGGAGCCUGGCUUAUGGAAACGCGAGGAGGGUGCGAUUCGAAGUGGGCGACGAGUGCCGCUCAACGGGGAACGAGAUAACGUUUUUGGAACACGUGGAGAUCGAGGUCAGCCUCGAGUACAGUCUUCGCGGCGCUCUUCAGAUGCAUCUCGCUGCACCCUCAGGGACAAGGGUGGAGAUCCUGAAGCCGAGAAAAUUGGACAGCUCGAGUGCCGGUUUCGCGAAGUGGAAAUUUAUGUCCGUCGCAUCGUGGGGAGAAGAUCCGCGCGGCGUCUGGAUCCUAGACAUCCGCGACGAGAUCGGUCCAGCAGGGAAUAGCGGCACAAUGGGAACGUUUGCAUUGAUUCUACACGGGACGAGCGAAAUGCCACGGUAUCGUGAAAACGGGCCGAGAAUAUACAAUCAGCGGUACAAUCGACUUCGAAAAACUAAUGAACCCUCUGACGUAAAAGGACCAAUGGACGACAUGCUCAAGAGCAAACACGAGGGUCCCGAGCCACGAGUCCUCGAAACAAACGACAUCUAUGAAGAACAAUUGAUCGAGCAACUUUUACCAGUUUACAUUGAAGAAUCUCGUGUUUGAAGAAGUCACUACAGUCACUCCAACAAGUAUCCGUACCCCCUACGUUUAUUAAAGAACUCUGUCUAAAUUAAACGACACCUUUAAUAUUUUCAAAUAAAUCCUUCAUUAUCCAUAUGUACACAAAUAGACUUUACACGUUUAUAUACUCGCAAUAAAAAAAUUUUUGGAAACAUUAAACCUAUCAUUUAAUUUAGACAAUGUCCUUCAAUAAACAAAAAGGAUACGAAUAUUUAUAUUUGAUUACUAACACCCUAUGCCUCCCAGAAAUAAAAAAGAGCCUACAACGUGGUGUCAUGUAGGACAUUUCCUUCACUACUGUUCACCAAACACCUGGCCAUCGUUUGCGUUAAAUAUAACACGGUCAAACGAUGUUCACCGGCUAGAUGUCCCACCAUGAUGUCGUAUUACGGCUCGAACAACAUCCUAAAGCACUUGUUUUCCAUGUUCACGCACACCGAACCAUCUAUACACCGCCUUUGUAACAGCUUACCGUUCUGCAACGCACAGCAAACAAACACCGAAUUUCAGGGAGGCGUCGUGAGCCUGGGGUUCCUACUUUACGCCGAAAUAGGACCAGUUUUGACACAAUAUUCAAAUUUUGUUGUCUGUGACAGUUCGCAAAAUGUAACGAAUAACGAAAAGAUUGUUUUGAGUUUACACAAUUUAAGA